AACUGCACUUCAUUUAAAACGCAGUCGGCUACUUGGCGCUAUUCGAAGGCUACUUUACCUUUGUUUUCAACUUUCACCGGGGCCUUUCGGACUGGUCGUUUUUCCCGAGAUGAAGUUCCCUCUGUGCCUACUGGCUGCAGUUCUUUACCUGAGCUUGCAAUGCCAGGUAAACGCUGAAUCGCAUUUGAGCAGGAGUGCCAUUGAAAGGGCUGUGAUUGCAGCCAAGGCCACGGUGGACUCAGCCUAUGAGUACUCCAGGAGAGUGAGUGUUGACCGCGUGAGGAGGAACGCAGUGAGUCCGUCGGACGUGCUGCGGUUGUUGAAGCAGCCGGCUGGCGCGACGCGUAAUGCCGUGCGCUCCGCCGACUACAUGGAGAACGCCGUGAAACUGAUCCAGGCUUCUUUGCAUAGACGUCAAAAGCGCUCCAUUAACGCCACAGACCUGAUCUCUGCGGAGGAUCUGAAAUUCAUCGCUGAACUGACUGGCUGCUCCGCCCGACGUCAGAAUCCAACUUGCCCGACGGAAAGCAAGUUUCGCACUCCAAGCAACACCUGCAACAACAGGAAAAACCCUCGCUGGGGAGCUUCCAACACACCUUUCGCCCGCUGGCUCCCUGCCGAAUAUCAAGAUGGAAUCUCUCUGCCCAAAGGCUUUGACCCUGAGCGAAAAGUCAACAGCUUUGUGCUCCCCUUGGUCAGAGCAGUGUCCAACAACAUUCUGAAAACAGCAAAGGCCGAUGUGGAGAUCGACCCCCUCUACACCUACCUGGUGACAAUCUUCGCCCAAUGGACAGAUCACGACCUGACGUUGACACCAACUUCUCCCGUGAUCAGGUCUUUCAAUAACGGGAUGGACUGUGCUAAGAGCUGUGAGAACUCAGAGCCCUGUUUCCCCAUCAAGUUUCCUAAGAAUGACCCUCGUAAUGCUUCAGAGGAGUGCAUCCCCUUCUUCCGCUCAGCACCAGCUUGUGGAUCUGGCAACACCGGACACAUUUUUGGAGCAAGCACUGUCCGUCAGCAGAUAAACUCUCUCACAGCUUUCCUUGAUGUAGGUCAGGUGUAUGGUUCAGAGGACACAAAAGUUCGUUUUCUACGAAACCUCACCUCAAAUGAGGGCCUGCUGAGAGUCAACACCAGGUUCGAUGAUAAUGGCCGUGAGCUCCUGCCCUUCUCCUCCAUGACAACCAACAUGUGUGCCACCAGGAAGCGCAUUACUAAUGACAGUUUUGCAGAGGAGGUGCCCUGCUUUGUGGCUGGUGACGAUCGAGUCGAUGAGAAUAUUGGUCUGAACUCUUUGCACACACUGUUCAUGCGUGAGCACAACCGCCUGGCCCGUGCUCUGGCAAAACUCAAUCCACACUGGGACGGAGAGAGACUCUAUCAAGAAGCACGAAAAAUCAUGGGAGGAUAUACGCAGGUUCUAACUUUCAGAGACUUCUUGCAUCACAUCGUCGGUCCAGACUUCAUUGCCAGUCAUCUGUCCACCUACCCUGGUUAUGAUGAAAACGUGGACCCCUCAAUUGCCAAUGUGUUCGCUACAGCUGCCUUUCGAUUCGCCCACCUAAUGGUUCAGCCUAAAAUGUUUCGUCUUAACGAGCAGUACGAGGAGCACCCAGUUUACCCCAGCCCGUUGCUGCACAAAUCCUUCUUCGCACCGUGGAGGGUCGUCUUUGAAGGCGGUGUGGAUCCACUCAUCAGGGGCCUGGUGGGUCGUCAAGCCAAGCUCAACACACAGGACAACAUGAUGACUGAUGAGCUGAGGGACAGGCUGUUUCAAUUCACUCAAAAGUUGGCCCUGGAUCUAGCCUCCCUCAACAUGCAGAGAGCAAGAGACCACGCAAUCCCUGGCUACAACCAAUGGCGCAAGUUUUGUGGGCUGUCACAGCCCAAAAAUUUGAAUGAGUUGAGUCAAGUGCUGAAUAACCGAGACCUGGCCAAAAGACUGCUGGAUCUCUACUCAACACCUGACAACAUCGAUGUGUGGCUUGGAGGAGUCGCAGAGCCAUUUGUCCGUGGAGCAAGAGUUGGACCUUUGUUUGCCUGCCUGAUUUCCACUCAGUUCCAGCGUAUCCGCCAGGGAGACCGAUUGUGGUGGGAGAAUGAUGGUGUAUUUACUGAUGCUCAGAAGAAUUCCCUGAGGAGCACCUCUCUGGCUCGCAUUAUCUGUGACAACACAGGUAUCACUGAAGUACCGGAAAAACCCUUUCAGUACCGUCCUCGAGGAACUGGUUACACCAAAUGCGAGAAUAUCGCUCCCUUCGACCUCGGUCCAUGGAAGGAGAAUUCAAAUGAGCGUGGACCCCCGGGACCACCAGGACCAAGUGGACCGAGCGGACCCCCUGGCCCCCCUGGACCUCCUGGACCUCCAGGACCUCCUGGCUCUGCGCAUAAAGUUGCUUUCUCCGUCCGACUUGGCAACAACUUCCCCAAACCUGGCGUGCCCUUGGUCUUCCGUGAUGUCAUCUACAAUGGACAGAACUCUUAUGACACAUCCACAGGGGUUUUCACAUGUGCGCAACCAGGCGUGUAUGAAUUCCAGUUCCACUGCACCAUCCACGAUGGCACGGGCAGUGUGGACCUGAUUCGUAACUCAAAGCUGAUUCUGCACUCAUUCACCACCACACAGAGUGGAUAUCUCAUAGCUAGUGGCAGCGUGUACGUCAAACUUGACAAGGGAGACCGUGUCUAUCUGGUGGCAAACUACGGUGGCAACGGUUUGACAACUGACAGUUAUUUCUCUGGGCAUCUGCUAUUCACUGAGUAGGAAACUGCUCUAGAAUACGCGUUCGAUCCACAGCAUCCUUAAAACACAGAUUUUUUAAACUUUUAUUUAAUCCCCUAAUAAUAAGAUGAUUCGAUGAUAUAAUCACUUCCAGUUUACUUUCCUGCAUUAGAAUUUAUGGAGGCACACCUGAUGCAAAUGAUUCUGGGUUAAACUGUUUUCCGGAUCAGAACUACACUGAGACUUUAACUAAAGACAAAAUAAAAUCUUGAAAUAGACUCUUUCUUUUGUAGCAGGCAUUGCUGACAGAAAAUUAUUAUUUGAUUGUUCAUGAAUAGUACUAGAUGAAGUGAUUUUUUCAUGUAGCCAUUUUAGGAAGGGAAACGCUUAUUCUACUCUUUUUGUUGUUGUUGCUGUUUGAUUAAAAGAAAAUAAUUAAAUAUAUCAUUGCAUUUUUGGGAAGAUGCUGUGUUUUUUUAAACGUGUAUGUGAAAUUCACUUAAUAAAUGAUUGUAUUACAAAUCAA